CGCACGCGCACGUCAAUGGAGCUUGCGCGCGGAGCAGUGGCGCCCAUCCUCUCCCUCAGUGCGACUCCUCCGAGGGAUCAGGAGUAGACUAAGUCAAACUUCCAGCGGCUCAAGAUUUGUGCGCAACCCUUUAAAAAGGAUUGAAGUCGCCAAGAUUAAAAUAUGGGAUCGCAUCACAACCACUCCAACCGGAGUCAAACACAAUAAGAAAAAAAAGGGGUCUGAGGUGAUGCCAUGCGCCAGCUGCAAUCUUCUUCUAAUCUUCUUAAAUCAGGAGAAUUGAUGCCCAGAUGGUUCGCCCCUCCGUGCGUGGUCCAGCUCAACACUUCCUGAGCAUUUCAUGGGCCACAAGCAGACUCCGACAUCCACGGCCGCAGCUUGACUCAACCCCUCUCUGUUCUCUGCUCCUCAUUCUUCGCCCCUCACCCCUGACCUCAGCGACCGUCCCCCUUCCCUCCUCUCCCUCACCCUCUGCUUUGGCUCUCACCUCACAUUUUGACAACCCAAGCCCUCGCUGAGCCCAACAUGGUGCCCCGCCUUCCCUCUUUAGUUUUUGUCAUGAUGUGUCAAGGCGCCCUGCUGACAGAACCGCCUCCGUCCCGUCGUGAGAUCCGCAUCGAGGGCGACCUGGUGCUCGGCGGCCUGUUUCCUGUGCACGAGAAAGGGGCCGGGAUGGAGGAGUGCGGACGUGUGAACGAGGACAGAGGGAUCCAGAGGCUGGAGGCCAUGCUGUUUGCCAUAGACAGAAUCAACAUGGACAACACUAUGCUGCCGGGUGUCUCACUCGGGGUGCACAUUCUUGACACCUGCUCAAGAGAUACUUACGCGCUAGAGCAGGCUCUGGAGUUUGUGAGAGCCUCCCUCACCAAGGUGGAUGACACAGAGUUCAUCUGUCCUGAUGGAUCUUAUGCUCUGCAAGAUGACAGCCCACUUGCCAUCGCUGGAGUCAUCGGAGGAUCUUAUAGCAGUGUCUCCAUACAGGUCGCCAAUCUUCUCAGGCUCUUUCAGAUCCCUCAGAUAAGCUAUGCUUCAACGAGUGCCAAGCUCAGCGAUAAGAGCCGCUAUGAUUACUUUGCCCGCACUGUCCCACCUGACUUCUACCAGGCCAAAGCCAUGGCAGAGAUUCUCCGGUUCUUUAACUGGACAUACGUCUCCACCGUGGCAUCAGAGGGCGAUUACGGCGAAACCGGGAUAGAGGCCUUUGAACAAGAAGCAAGAAUGAGGAACAUCUGUAUUGCUACUUCAGAGAAGGUGGGACGUACGAAUGCUAAGAAGUCUUAUGAGGCUGUGAUCCGUCAGCUCCUCCAGAAGCCAAAUGCCCACGUGGCUGUCCUUUUCCUGCGCAGCGAUGAUGCCAGAGAGCUGAUUGCGGCUGCUGCCAGGCUUAACACCUCUUUCAUUUGGGUGGCUAGUGACGGCUGGGGUGCUCAGGAGAGCAUUGUAAAGGGAAAUGAAUUAACUGCGGAAGGAGCUAUCACACUUGAACUGGCAGCGAACCCCAUACCGGAAUUCAACCGCUACUUCCUAAGCCUGGAUCCUGUCAAAAACCACCGGAAUCCCUGGUUCAGGGACUUCUGGGAGCAGCGGUUCCAGUGCUCUUUGGGAGCUGGAGGCUUAGGAUUGGCGGGAACACCUCUCCCGCCGUGUGACAAGAACUUGUCGAUCGACAAAAGGUAUUUCGAACCAGAGUCCAAGAUCAUGUUUGUGGUGAAUGCAGUGUAUGCCAUGGCCCGUGCCCUCCACAACAUGCAGCGGAGCCUGUGCCUCAACACCACCAAACUGUGUGACAGCAUGAAGGCCCUGGACGGGCGCAGACUCUACAGGGAUUACAUUCUUAAUGUCAGCUUCACAGCCCCUUUUUCCCCUCCAGGCAGUGAGACGGCUGUGAAGUUUGAUGCCCAGGGGGACGGCAUGGGCAGGUACAACAUCUUCAGCUACCAGCGUUCUGGCGAACGUUAUGGUUACGUCCCAGUAGGCGAGUGGGCAGAGACUCUGAGUCUGAACGGCGAUCUAAUCCGCUGGCCCAAGGAGGCAGCGCCGACCUCACAGUGCAGCGACCCCUGCGAGCGCAACGAGAUGAAGAAAAUGCAGGCAGGUGAGUACUGCUGCUGGAUCUGCACGGCGUGCGAACCCCAUGAAUACCUGGCCGAUGAGUUCACCUGCUCGCCCUGCGCUCCUGGUCAGUGGCCCACUGACGACCUUACAUCAUGUUACGACCUUCCUGAAGACUACAUCAUGUGGGAAGAUGCUUGGGCCAUUGGUCCCAUUACCAUUGCAUGUGUAGGCUUUGUGUGCACCGGUCUGGUGUUUUGGGUGUUCAUCAGACAUAACAACACACCGCUGGUGAAAGCAUCGGGCAGGGAGCUCUGCUACAUUCUCCUCUUAGGAGUCUUCAUGUCCUAUGCCAUGACUUUCCUCUUCUUGGCCAAACCCUCUCCUGCCAUAUGUGCCCUGCGGCGCCUCGGCCUGGGUACGUCAUUUGCUGUGUGCUAUUCCGCCCUGCUGACCAAAACCAACAGAAUCGCCAGAAUUUUCAACGGCGUGAAAGACGGAGCAGGCGCAGUGAGGCCGCGCUUCAUUAGCCCUUCCUCUCAAGUGUUUAUCUGUCUGAGUCUGAUCUCUGUCCAGCUAGUGAUGGUCUCAGUGUGGCUGCUGCUGGAGGUUCCUGGGACGCGGCGCUUUACGUUACCGGAACGACGACAGACUGUAAUCCUAAAGUGUAAUGUGCGAGACUCCAGCAUGCUGCUGUCACUGGUAUACGAUGUGCUCCUGGUCAUCUUGUGUACUGUGUAUGCCUUCAAGACCAGGAAAUGCCCCGAGAACUUCAAUGAGGCCAAAUUUAUUGGAUUCACCAUGUAUACCACCUGCAUAAUUUGGCUGGCCUUUCUUCCCAUCUUCUAUGUCACAUCCAGUGACUACAGGGUUCAAACCACUACCAUGUGCAUCUCUGUCAGCCUAAGUGGCUUUGUAGUCCUGGGCUGUAUGUUUGCUCCCAAGGUCCAUAUCAUCAUGUUUCAGCCCCAGAAGAACGUGACCAGCCACCGGCUUACCCUCAACCGCUUCAGUGUCAGCGGGGCUGCCACUACAUACGCAUCUCAUGCUUCUGUCAGCGCCCACUUCGUCCCAACAGUGUGCAAUGGGAGAGAAGUAGUUGAUUCGACCACUUCCUCUCUGUGACGACAUCCGGUCCGCUCUUCAAACCCGCCCCAGCGACUGUUAGCCAAAUGACGAAUAUUUCUCAUCCCAGCUCUGUUCUAUACCCCCCUUUUACACACAAACACUCUUUUACAUAAACACACAAGCAAACAAACACACACACACACACACAAACACACCGAAUCCAAGCAAACGCCUUCCUUGUGGACUAGAACUGUAUUGUUUUACAAAUGUAGAAAGUGUGUAACUAUAAUUAAAUUAUUUUCUAGGGAUGUAUAUACAUGGAAUCAACAUUGUACGUAGAGAAACAAAAGAACAAAAAAAAUGUUUUUAGGAGGAAUUUUUUGGAACCUUUGUUUUUGAUAGCUUUGUUUCAAUGUAAAUAGACAUGAGCUUAAACAUGGUAGGGGGACGGAGUCCUUCCAUCUGGAUGCACAUUUGUGGCUCUGCUUGCCUCACUGCAAUACCUACAAGACUUUUGAUUCUCAUGCUUUUUGUAGUACUUCAUUGUAAUAACUAACUGUGUAUGCAUUUCUAAUGUGGAUCUGUACAUUUGUAUAUUAUUCUACUGAUGGUUCAAACAGCACAAUGUUAAAGGUCUUGUGACACUAGAAUGAAUGUGGAUUAAAAAAAAAAGCUAAAACUGGACAAACUAGAACAGCCAGAUGAGAAAUUGUAAAAGCGAGGGAGUGAAGAAUGAAGAAAGGAGAGAUCCAUCUAAUUUAGUGAUAUAUUUCUGUUUGAGAGUAUAUCAUAUUGCAUCUUAAUAGAUGUUUGUUGUGUUCUGGAUCUUUGUAAAAGAAAAAAAAACUUCUGUGGCUGUUUUUGGCAGAAAAACAUGUUUUACUUUUGAUACAAAUGUUCUUAUUUUCUAAUUAUGGGAUCCCUUUAUCUAAAUGGCCAUAAUUCCAGACGUGUGUUCAGCAAAGCAUCGCUUUUACACUCCCACUCGUAAACUGCCAUGUCUUUUAUAGACUGCUGCGAUGUAUUACUAAUAAUAACGAAUAUCUGCGCUGACAAGACCGUACAGUUAACACUUUAUUUAAGCCCCAAAAGAACAACAAUAAAUCAGUUUUUCACCCAGUAAUUAAAGUGCCUUGCAAAAGAAUUCAGACCCCUUGAACUUUUUCACAGUUUGUCAUGUUACAACCACUGACUUCAGUGUGUUUUGGUUGGAUUUUAUUGGAUAGAGCAAGAAAACGAAUGAUUUUCAAUGCAAGAAAAAUACUAGACGUUAACAUUUUGUACAAGUAAAAACCUUUGAUAAGAAGUGGGGCAUGCAUUUGUAUUUAGCGAUGCAGAGUCAAUACUUUGCAAAACCACGUUUAGCUGUAAUUAAAGCUCCAGGUUCUUUUGGUAAACGUGUCUACUGGCUCUGCUCAUCUGAAAAGUGAAAUUAUUAGCCAUUAUUCUUUUCGAUGCAGAUCCAGUUCAGUCAGAUUGGAUGAUUACCCUCUUUGAACUGCAAUUAUCAAGUCUUGAUGGAUUUUCAAUUUUAUUUGAGGUUUGGACUUUACCUGGAUCAUGUGAAUAGGAUUUGAUCAGAACCAUUCCAAUGUAGAACCAGCCGCAUGUCUAGUGUCGGUAUCUGCUGGAAGUUGAAGCUCAAACUCAACCUGAAGUCUUUUGCUGCCUCUAACAGGUUGUUCUUCACGAUUGCCCCGGACAUUACUUAUUCAUUGUCCCAUUAUCUUGACUAGCUUCCCUGUCCCCGCUGAAGGAAAGCUUUCCCACAGCAUAAUGAAGCCACCACCUUAUUUCAGUGUGCGGCUUGUUUGCACAGUGUGGUGUGGAUGGUGUUAGUUUUUCACCACAAAUAGAGUGCGGCGUGUAGGCCAGAAGUUUGAUGUCGGUCUUGUUUGACCAGGAGCAUACUUCAUGCACAUAUUUACUGUUUCCUGGAUGUCUGGUGGUAAAUAGGACUUUUUGUGGCUUUCUAUCGACAAUUGGUUUUCUUCUUGUCAUGCUUCGAUAAGGGCUGGAUAAGAUACGUGCACGAGUAAUGGUUCAUCAGUUCAUCUGAUUCACCUACCUGAGGUAUUACUCAUCCAGGGUUGGUCACUUAAGGUGCAAGGAUUAAACAAUGCUCUGUUAGUUUUCCAAACUUUGGGACAUUGUUCGAUACCUUCACCCCUCCCCUGUCUGGUGUGUUCCUUGCUCUUUAAGAUGCUGUUUGUUCACUAAUGUUCUCUAACAAAUAUCUAAAGAUGCUCCUGAAAAAGAACACCCGUAUUUAUACUGACACUGAAUUACACAUAAAUGGUCUCCACUGACUGACUGACAACACUGAAUUUUCACUGGUAGCAUUUUAAGAGGACCGGAUGUACAUGCAUGCCACAGUUUUCAGAUUUGUAUUAAAAAAAAAAAAAAAAAAAAACAUUUUUAAACCCACAUUUUUCCUUCCACUUCCCAAUAAUGUUCUUCUGAUUGUUGCUCUAUUACGUAAAAUCCCAGUAAAAUACAUUUAGUUUAUAAAAUCACAAGAAUACUUUUGCAAACCACUGAAGGAACGUUGUGUUCUUAAACUGCAAAAAUAUAUAUAUAUCAAUAAAGGUAAAUGGUAUGUUUUGCUGAAUACACGUUGAAUUUUUCCACUUAUAGGGGAGUAGUAGCUUAUGAUCCAUGCCCCAUAGAUAACGUCUGUGGUGAUAUUUUGAAUAUGGCUAUGUGCCUUAAUGUGUGUUUGAUAGGUUGAUGUUGUUAGAGAUCAGUUUUACUCUACCAGCUCCAAGUCUUCGUUUGGUAAAUGUAAAUAAGUGGCCUCAGUAUGAAGACCAUGCCACUAAGGCAGCAGAUUUAUUUCAUGUGAAGCCCAGUGCCAUUUAUUGUUUACCUAAAGUAGUGGACGAGUGACUCUUGACAAAUCGCAAACUUAAACUGGCUUCCUCCAGGUUGACGUAAAGAAAGACAGGAGUAUUUUUUAAAACAUAUCCACUUCCGGGUAUUAUCUAUCCCCUCCACCACCUCAGCAGAUCCAGGUAAAGAAGGGAGGGGAUGGGGAAACAGGCUACAUCACUGGGAGGAAUUCAGUGAGUAUUUGACUUGUUGAAGUGUGCAGUUUACAAGCUCGUGUUAAAAUGUGUUUACGUUGGGAAGCACAGUGGAGCAGCUGGCUUUGGCAGUCCCACGGAGGCUCAGGAGACGAAGCAGAGCACAUUUUGUCAGCUGCUGGCUGAUCCCUGCUAACAAAGGAUGUUAGAGUAGAACAGAUAUGCAUAACAUAAAAUGAAAAAAAGGAUUAGGUCAUUCAUACAGAUGCAAACGUGGCAAAAAAAGACUGCAGGCUCUCUGUUGAAUGUGAUUGAUAAGAUUGCUAAAUAAAUUCAAUAAAAAAAACAUGUUAAGUUCUUAGGAGGAAGUUUGAAUAACUAAAGGCAGUGGAGUAAUUUAUUAAAAUUUUUAUUUCAAUCGUUUGGCUUUCCUGCAAAUAUUUGUUGAAUUUAGAGAUAGUGGUAAUUUAUUACUAAACCGAUCUUAAUGUUUACAUAUAAUAUGCUGUCUAAAAUAAAGUGUGACUGUUACAUUUGAUGUUUUCAACAAAAUAUGAUCAGAAUCACUUUUUCAGAGCCGUUUUCGUCAACAACAAACAAAAAUGACAACGCAGACGUGGGCAGAACUUUUAGGGAUUCCAUCUUUUGACUGGUCAGCGUGUUUGCACAGCCUCCUGAGAUUACUACACUGAAUGAUAGAUGGAAAAGAAAUUUCAAAGGAUGUGUCAGGAGGAGGCGACCUACAUUGGGGUGUGUUUGUUAGGUGCAGAGAGCAGCAGGAGAGAGCGAUGUGGCAGAGAAGAGGGAUGCUGCUACUGCUGCUGCUGCUGCUGCUGGAUUAUGUAAAGCACUCCCACAGCCCAGAAGUCAGCAGCGCCUCUAUGGAAGCUCAAAGCAUCUCAGAGAUUCACAGUGUUUGUUAGAAGAAGGUUUACCCAUUCACUCUGUGGUCCUGCUCCCACAAGAUACACGCCGCAUGACAGGUUGUUAUGGACAACCACAACUAACGCAUCCGAUGCUGGAAUGUCUUAGUUGUCAGCAUGAAGAGAGGGGGUGAGGAGUGGCUGAGCAAAGAGGAACAGAAAGAGAGAGAUGAGAAAACAAAAUCAAUGGUUCGGAUCCAAGUUGGCAAGGACCGAUGAGAUCGGGCUCUGUAAGGCCCUGUACUCACGGCUUUUAAUAGGCACACAAACAGAACACUUAACCCUGAUUCUCCACUCAUUUAGUCCCGAGACCAGUCCGAGACAACAGUCUCACACUCUUCUCUGACCCGCUCUCUCACAGUCCACCUCACCCUUCAACCUUUCCCUCACCACCUUUUGUGCACCCCAUCUCCACUCGGUGUGUGAAACUUGUGACUGAUUCGGUCUCAGCCAAGACCACCAAAGCCAGAGCGACAGACUGGUGGCUCACACUUGAACUGGAGCGCUCUCCUGGAGCACAUGCCACGGAGGCUGCUUCGACGAGGUUAGAAAAGGGGAUGGAGGCAUGUCCGACAAAGGAUUUGGGGAAAUGAAUGGAGUGGAAAUGAAAUUGAAAACUCAGAUGUAAAGAAGCAGCAUCGCUUUAAUGCUCAUUAUCUCACGGAAAUGAUCAUCUCAUCUCCCCAAUAAAUGAAUCUGGAAACUUCUUUAAUUGGUUUUCCUCAUGAAUAUCCUUUUCAAGCGGCCAUCUAUUAAGGACACUGUUCCUCUAUUCAGGCUUUGCCAACCGUCAUGUGCUUUUACAAAGGUCUCCAUGCUGUAGCCCCCUUCUAUAUAACAGAAUGUGUCCCUGGCCUCUGGGCUUUGAAACAAGAAGGGAUCUCAGGAGACAAAAUGAAGCGGAUGCCGAUCUGAACUCUGGAACUGGCUGGUCACAAAGCAAUAGCUCCUGCGUUUAUGAAAUGUGCAAUAAAGAGGCUGUGUUGACAUCAUAAUAAAGACCAUGAAGCAAACAUCUGCUGUUGUUUCUUCAUCCCUCCCUCUGCCGGGUACGGAAAAGCGGGCCCGUGUGCACGGUCAGCCACCAUCUGAAUGCCGAAGGGGGAAAAAAAUGAAAUAGUAGGUAGAUUGGGCUCAUCAGAGGCACCAUCACCUACACACACAGACACACAUCUAUUCACAGUGUUUGUUGGAAAACGUUUAAAGAUGGCUCUAACACUCUGCCUCAUCUGUUCCCUCAAGUAAUGGCACUCCAAUUAAACCCUCUAUUGGAGAGCUCCCUGCUUUAGGACAAUGCGUGAUAGUGUUGAAUACCAGCCUUCUUCUAAAGAAAGGGUGACAGUGGUAAAAAAAGAAGAGGAACAGAAGAUAAAAGACAAGGAAGGUUUUAAUUUCCUUCCGUUGAGUUUUUGAAGAAUCUGUGACUUUUUCAACAUUAGAAAGGGAAUUU